AUGGUUCUCCUUGCGGGCUUGUCCAUCCCCUGGAUGCUCUAUCGCGCUGCGCAGUUGGACACGAGCAGCGGACGGCCAGGCACCAGCACAAUCGCAGCAUCAAGCACGUCCGCGGCAAGCAUCCCAAUCCCACAUCUCAACACGUCCGCGGCAAGUGCAAGCAUCACGUCUGAGGUCUCACAUCUCAACACGUCCGCGGCAAGCACUUGCAUCAUGUCUGAAGUCUCACCUCUGACCAGUUCCCGCACACCCGUCUACUUCCUCGGCAUCGGCGGGCCCAAUUUCAUCCAACAGACCGACCACCCCGCCUACGCGCAACUGGCCUCCGUCGGGCGCGAGAUCACGACCAUCGUGCAACCCAAGGCAGUGGUGGUCUUUUCUGCCCACUGGCAAGGCGGCCCCGGCCCGAACCAGAUCAAAAUCAAUGUCGCCCGACGGACGAAUCUGAUCUAUGACUUCUAUGGCUUCCCGGCGCAUUUCUAUGACUACGACUAUCCGAACCAGGGGAGUCCGGAGGUGGCGGAAAGGGUGGUGGAGAGGCUGGUCGGCGUGGGAAUUGGGGUCGAGAGAGUCGAGAGAGGUUUGGACCAUGGUGUCUGGGCGGGAUUUAUGGUUGCUUUCGACCCCAAGACGAACCCAUUGAAUGUGCCAAUCGUCCAAGUGUCGCUGUUCGACAAUCAAGACUCGGAUCAACAUUACCGCAUGGGCCAGGCCCUGGAAAGUCUGCGCGACGAAGGCAUCCUGAUCAUCGGCGCGGGAAUGGCCGUCCAUAAUCUACAUGACUUCCGAGCUACCAGGGGAACAGGCGCGACCAUGCCGUACGUCUUCAGCUUUGAUGAAGCUCUCAAAGACGCCGCCACCGCAAAGCCAGAGCACCGUCGGGCAAAGAUGUCGGCUUUGAUGACACGGCCGGAUGCCCGAAAGGCCCAUCCUACUUGGGAACAUAUCCUUCCCCUCCAUCUUGCCGCCGGCGCGGCGGGAUCCGAUGUCGGCGAACAGUUGUGGACGUUCCCUGAAGCAAGUUUGAGCUGGGCGCAGUAUCGGUUUGGGUAA